AUGAUCCUAAUUGUGACUACAUCAACUUUUCCGGAAACCCAUCAAACGAAGAAUUUGGGGGUGAUUCCUUUAUCUGAUAGACUUUUGGAAGAGUACAGUAUGACCACAACCGCUGAUUGUAUCCAUGUCAAUAUACCAAUAAAAUUUGGUUACAUAUCCCAAAUAGUAUCCUCACUUUUGUUAAAUCUGUUCCAACUAGUUUCGUUUAUAUCUUAUACUGUCAGCUUUAUGACCUUCGGGAGACUAGGCACUAUUUUGAACGUCGUUUAUAAAAUUAUUGUUAUAAAAGAAAGCCGGAGGCGAUGCAAAGUCAUGUAA